AUGAAGCUGCAACUCGACGCGUUCGGCCAGUACAAGAAUUAUGUCCAUAUUGGGCAGGCCAUUAUAUUGUUUCUGGCAUGGGCAUUGACGAUAGCCGUGCUUACCAAGCCUGGCGACAACGAUGGACGUGUGGGAUGGUACUUUGGCCUGUGCUGGCUAACGAUCCCGAUCCUCAUCUACCUAACAAUGGUGCCAAUGUGGUCACGAGCCCGCCGGUUCGCCAAUGUCUAUGCGUUCGCGGCACUGGAUAUGAUCAGCGUGAUCCUAUGGCUCUCAGCAUGGGCCAGCACUGCUAGUUACGUGGCUCAGGGCAAGAGCGAGGGCAAUGCGGAGAACAAAGAUCAGAACAAGAGUGGAUGCGACAACUUCAAGUACGGUUCGGCGGGACGCUGCCAGCUAUCGACUGGCAUCACGAUACUAGGAGUGUUCAUCAUGCUUGCCUUCAUUGCUACCUCAUGGUUCUCCUUCCGCGCCCUGAUGGAGUACAAGCGGACCGGCAUAGCGCCGAACAAUGGCCUUGACAACGACCGGAAGUAUGACUUCCAGGCACAGACUCAGGGCGACUUUGACACGACAAUGCACAACAAUAGCUUUGAUGAAGCAAAUGCUGCUGAGCGCCAGGACCGGCAGAGUCAUAGCUAUGGUGGUGGCAGUGGUCCGGGCAGGUAUGAUGGGUCGGACGACGAUGAUGCUUAUGCGCCAAUACACCAACGAGAUCCGUCGGAUAUGCACGCUCAAGAGCCGUUGAGUCCGUUGGGGCCGCAACCGACGGCGCCAUAUGGACCGAAUAGCUAUGGGACUGGUGGCGGGUUUCAAGAUCAGCCGACGGGUUACGGAGGUGUGGGCGGCUAUCGAUGA